CGUUUAAAAAAGUCAAAAAAAGUUCACUUACAUGUUUGACGGGAAGACAACACAAGGGUUAAAUGUGCCUUAUGUAUCUCAGAUUAGUCACAGAUCUUCUCUCUGGCAAAGAUGAUAGUAUCCACCUUGCACUAAAUGCAACUAUUGUAUAUUUUUGUUAAUUGCUGAAUGUUUUACUGUACACACACUCUGUUUUACUCUUCAUUCUUCUAAUUCAGUUAGUCAGAGUUAUUCAGCCAUUACAAUACCUGCAUUUAUUUUUGCCAAGACAAACAAAUCAUGAAGGUUAAAUUCCAUUGCAAAAUACUACAAACCACAGCCAGUCCAUUACAGCAAGAGACACUUUGUACAAAGUUUCAGCCACACAGAGAAAAACGUAUUACAGACAUGGGAUGGACCUCUGUCAUAUGGUUUCUCUGUUUGUCAGCGAGUGAGUGCUGGCAGCCGCCGGACUCUAAAUCUGUUAUAAAUGGGGAGGUCCAGUCCCCUCAGUAUCCCCAGCCUUACCUUCCCAACCUGCUGAGGAAAUGGGACGUCUGGGUUCCUGAGGGUUACCAGAUCCAGCUGUCCCUAACACACCUGGAUAUUAAAGCUUCCUCAGGCUGCCAUCAAGACUCUCUGACGGUUCUCUAUGAUCAAAAUGUCUUGGGGAAGUUUUGUGGCCAGGAGAAUUCAACUGAUCACCCAGGCAAAGAGCCGAUCCUUUCUCAAGGCAACAAACUGACUCUCAUAUUCCAAACAAGUGACUUCAAUCCAGAACUCCAACAGCACAUUGGCUUCUCUGCUACCUCCAAGGCAAUAGGUGAGGUUCUCCCUUUACUGACCUUCUCAUUAUCAGACUUGGAUGAGUGUUCCCAACCAGACCCUGGAGAUGGCUCAGGUCCACGCUGCUCUCACAUCUGUGUCAACACCCCUGGUUCUUACCGCUGCUCUUGUCACCAUGGUUACAAACUUUAUUUAGACCAACACACAUGUUUGAUAUCAUGUGGUGGUCAUAUAUUUGACAAUAAUGAGGGACAUCUGGCCAGUCCGAGAUACCCUCACCCCUCACCACCUUUGCUGUCCUGCUUAUACAUCAUCACCGUGGAGCCCAGCUUAACUGUGACUCUCAACUUCAAUGACAGCUUCCACAUAGAUAGCAUGGACACUGAACAAGGUCCCAGCUGUGUACGUCACUGGCUGCAGGUGACCAUACCAGACAGAGAGCCCAUGAAGCUGUGUGGUGGAAAGAGUCCAGGCCUGAUAGCUACAAACUCCAACACUGUCAGACUGGACUACCACACUGAUGUUGAAGGCCUGAGUCGCGGCUGGAGCCUGGACUACAGUACAAACAAAAUUGAUUGUGGAGAACCUGAACCUUUGCUGAAUGGAGGGGUGAUCUUCCUGUCUGGCUUUCAGAAUCAGUACCGUUCUGUUAUUCAGUAUCACUGUAAUGAACCAUUUUACACUCUCCCUGGUGGCGUUAAUGUUACUUUCACCUGUGAAGCAGACAGAAAGUGGAGAUCCAACCACAAUGUCACUCCAACAUGUAUACCAGUCUGUGGCAAGCCCACAAAACUCAUCUCUGUCUAUCAGAGGAUCAUUGGAGGCAGUGACGCUCCAGACUAUACCAUCCCCUGGCAAGUGCUACUGAAUAUAGAUGGGGGAAGAGCAGGAGGCAUGGUGAUAGGAGACCGCUGGGUUAUGACUGCAGCUACUGACCUAACACAUGAUGGAAAAUCAGUAUCAAAUGAGACUGUACGGAUUUACAUGGGACCUACGGAUGUUAAAACCCUGAUGGACUCUCCUGUGUAUGCUGCCUCAAUCCACAUUCACCCUGAAUUCAACAACACCAACGGCUUAGACUACAACCAUGACAUUGCCUUGAUCAAACUGCAAGACUCGAUCACAUUCAACUCAUCCAUCAUGCCAAUAUGUUUGCCAGCAGAGGGUGCUACAUUCGUCACUGGCGAGAUGGGACUGGUGUCAGGCUUUGGCAUUAUGAAGAUUUACCCCCCACGAUUAACAAAUAAACUGAAGUACAUGCAGCUCCCUGUGGUGGAUAAAGAGACAUGCAGUAAUUCAGUCAAUAAACUGAAGAAGACAAGGGACAAUGUACCAAGACUGACAAACAACAUGUUCUGUGCUGGAGUCCCUGAAGGUGGGCAGGACUCCUGCCUAGGUGAUAAUGGAGGCCCCUACGCCCUAAGAGACGACGGAAGGUUCUGGGCUGCUGGGAUUGUCAGCUGGGGGGUUGACUGUGGAAAGCAGGGAACAUAUGGAGUCUAUACCAGAGUCACCAACUACAUGGACUGGAUCAACAAGACUAUGCAGGAGAACUGGCUCCAUAUCGUUCUUUCAGGCUGUGUCCCACUGAGCCCCAUGAGUCAAGGUCUGGCCAUCAGAUGCUCACCGCCACAGUCGUCGGACACUAACAGUCCAUUAGAGCAGAAGACAUUUCUCCUAAAACUGCAGUCACACAGAGAUAAACGUAUUGCAGACAUGGGACGGACCUACUGUUUUCUAUGGUUUCUCUGUUUGUCAGCGAGUUUUUGCUGGCAGCUGCCCAGCUCUGGUUCUGCAAUACAUGGACAGGUCCAGUCCCCUCUCUUUCCCCGGCCUUACCUUCCCAACCUGCUGAGGCAAUGGGACGUCUGGGUUCCCGAGGGCUACGUGAUCCAGCUGUCCCUAACACACCUGGAUAUUAAAGCUUCCUCAGGCUGUUACCAAGACUCUCUGACGGUUCUCUAUGAUCAAAAUGUCUUGGGUAAGUUUUGUGGCCAGGAGAAUUCAACUGAUCACCCAGGCAAAGAGCCGAUCCUUUCUCAAGGCAACAAACUGACUCUCAUAUUCCAAACAAGUGACUUCAAUCCAGAACUCCAACAGCAAAUUGGCUUCUCUGCUACCUACAAGGCAAUAGUAAUUAAUUGUGGAGAACCUGAACCUUUGCUGAAUGGAGGGGUGAUCUUCCUGUCUGGCUUUCAGAAUCAGUACCGUUCUGUUAUUCAGUAUCACUGUAAUGAACCCUUUUACACUCUCCCUGGGGGCGUGAAUGUUACUUUCACCUGUGAAGCAGACAGGAAGUGGAGAUCCAACCACAACGAUGUAACUCCAACAUGUAUACCAGUCUGUGGCAAGCCCACAAAACUCAUCUCUGCCUAUCAGAGGAUACUUGGAGGCAGUGACGCUCCAGACUAUACCAUCCCCUGGCAAGUGUGGCUGAGUACAGAUGGAUCCAAUGGAGGAGGCUUUGUGAUUGCUGACCACUGGAUUAUGACUGCAGCUCAUGCCCUAACAGAAGUAUCAAAAGAGACAUUACGGAUUUACAUGGGACUUACAGAUGUCAAUUCCCUGGGAUCUCCUGUGUUUGCCGUCUCAAUCCACACUCACCCUGAAUACAACACCAUUAAUUACAACAAUGACAUUGCCUUGAUCAAACUGCAAGACCCGAUCACAUUCAACUCAUCCAUCAUGCCAAUAUGUUUGCCAGCAGAGGGUGCUACAUAUGUCACUGGCGUGAUGGGACUGGUGUCAGGCUUUGGCCAAACAGGAGAAUACAACCGCCAAUCCAAUAAUAAACUGAAGUAUGUGCAGAUCCCUGUGGUGGACCAAGAGACAUGCAAUAAUUCAAUCCCUUUGUCAGAAAGGAAAAGGAACUUUCAAAUUCUGACAAACAACAUGUUUUGUGCUGGAUUACCUGAAGGUGGGAAGGACUCCUGCAAUGGGGAUAAUGGAGGUGCCUUUGCCCUGAGGGAUGACGGGCGGUUCUGGGCUGCUGGAAUUGUCAGCUGGGGGUAUGGAUGUGGACAGCAGGGACGAUAUGGAUUCUAUACCAGAGUUGCUAACUACAUGGACUGGAUCAUGAAGACUAUGCAGGAGAACUGAAUGUAGUAUAAUUCAUUACUAAGUUACUGUAACAAAACGUGGCAUGCUGAACAAAACCAGAGCUAAAAAUAGCCAACUAAAAACAAAUGAGGAAGAAUAACUUGGCUCAUAGUAGUUCUUCCUUAUUCAGCUUUACAAUAAAAUGAUGAAGGUGAGGUACAGCACUGAGCAGAAAGAUGAUAAGGUUGAUAAAACAUUAUUUUACACAAUUUUUGCAAUUGAGUUUGAAUUUUUUUCCCUUAAAUCUGAAACAGCUAGAAAACAAAUAAAGUCUUCUUCUCUGAGCACAAUAAAAGAAUAACACGGUCUGCCUAUCAAUAACCCAACAGUUACUGUCACAAAUAGUAGGCCUACCACUUAUAUCAGAGGUCACUAAGUCACACAAUUUAUUCAUUGAGGAGGAAUAUGCUGUACACACAACAUUGACAUAUUCUCACCUUGUGAAACUGUGGCGAUUGUUAGCAAACGGUUUAUUUACAUAUCCAGCAGACUGGAAGCAACAGUAUCAUUCAUUUGGAGUCGUGUAUGUGUUCACAUGAUGAAUAUAAGUCCAAUAUUUACUCUCCCUAACUCUGGUUUGGACUCUACCAAAUCCUGAUGUUCAAUAUCUGACUAUUUCUCACGAUGUUGCACCUUAAAGGAGAUGUUAGAUAUUUUGGAAAAUAAGUUUAUUAGCUUUUUUAGCCUAGCUAGAUGAAGAGAAGAUCGAUACUAGAGCUUAAAUAAUGAAUUCAUUAAUCAGUUGUCAACUAUUAAAUAAAUCUACAACUAUCCUGAUAAUCAAUGAAUCAGCUUGAAUAAUUUUCUUUAAAUAAAAACUAAUUAACUCUUGGUAAGCAAAACAUUAAUCUUUCCCGAAAUAAUUUACAA